UCACGACAGAGUCAGCGGCACUGGUGUCGCCCGACGACGACGACGACGACGGGACACGGGACGAGUGGAACGACGACGACGCAACGGUGUGAUCAUCAUCGCGCGUAUGUGUCGUCGAACUGGUGGACGUACGGGAAGUGGCAGCAAAGAGUGAAGAGUGCGCGAAAGUUCCUGGUGACCAACACGACACGUAUUGUACAUACAUUACGUACGAAUGCACGCGAAAUCGAGUGAAUGGGAAAAAAAAAAAAACGAGAUCGUAGUGGCACAGGUACGGAAUACCAUCCGUUGUCUGCCUCUCGAUAUAGGAACUAGGUUACCGUCAGAUCGGACUGAUUGAUACGAGAGAUAGCGCGGGAUGUUUACGGGGAAUAGUGCGUGUUGUCGCGAAGAAAGUGUCUGGCAACGUCGUUCGUUCAUUUAAUUCGCCCAUUUUUUUUUUUUUUCAUCGCGUCAACGGAUUCUCUUUCGUGUGUGCUUUCUCUCUCUCUCUCUCUCUCUCUCUCUCUCUCUCCUUCAUCUUUGUAUAUGUGACUUUCUGUGCAUGUGUAAUAGUUUCUCGAUGUCUCCCGAUCCUGCACGGAGGCAGUAAGCAAAACAGCAGCUACCUAUCGAAGGGCUGUCGUCGUGUUGUGUCAACGUAACCCACGGCAGCAGCACCAUCACCACUACCACCACCAUCACCAUCACUACCAUCAUCAUCAUCACUACCACCGACGUCUCUUCAGUAAUUAAACCAAACAAAAUGGACACCGAGAUAACGAUUGAGCGAACAUUCGUGUAGAGUAGCCUCCCUCUCGUUCUCUCCGUCACUCUCCUCCUCCUCCCCACCUCCCCUUCCUCGCAUCUACCUGUUUUUUUUUCUUCUCGUUUCCUUUAGAUGGACCUCGGAAAAGAGACAUGGGAUCGCCGUUCGUACAAUUGCAACAAGAGUUUGUAUUUACCAUGGGCACGUUAUUGGCUAUAGAAGAGAUCGUACAAUAUUCUCAUAAACCUGAAAUGGGGACGAAGAGUCCUUCAGCGUAGACAUGGACUACGAUCUGUUUGGUGAAGAUGUCAGUGGCUCGAUGCUCGAGGCUCUUCCUGAUCUCGGAGGGAACGAUCAUUUCGAUCCUGCGCCUGCGAAUAAUCCCGUAGCGGUGUCCAGGGACGGUAUGAAUUCUGGCCCUAAUGGAGGAGGGAGUUACAUUAAUCAAUCUUAUAACAUUUCUCAAGAAUCUCCGAUACAGAAAUUAACCUCAUUCGGCGGAUCUGAAUUUGGUAGCUCGAAUCAAUUGCAAAAUCCGUCGCAGCGCAGUAUGUUUAACCAAAAUCUCGGUACGUUCGAUAGUAGCAACACGCCUCAGCGUGCUAUGGUGCCAGGCGCCUUUCAAAAUCAGACCCGCAACAUUGCACCGCAACAGCACAGGGGGCCUCAUCCAGGUAGCGGCGCUCAGUAUCCUAGCUACAAUGACAAUAUGUACUCUAUGGAGCAACACUCGAUGGCUAGAGCUAACAUGAGUAUUGACCCCAGCCAGCAAGGUUGGCCGGGUAACGGAAGCGGAUACCCGCAAAUGCAGAGGCAUUACAAUCAAAUGGCUCCGCAACCUAGCACGUACAGGCAACAUAUGCCACCACAGUAUUCUCAUCAGCAAGAUCAAGCUGGCGUUAUGAAUCAAAAGAUGCAGCAACAACAACAACAACAACAGCAGCAGCAACAGCAGCAGCAUUUCAGUGCUCAACAAGGAAUGAUAGGUAACAUGGGAGUUUUGCACCAAUCGAUGCAAGCCGGCACGACUAGUGGUGUCUACCAGCACAUAGUCGGGCAACAUUAUCAACAAAGUAAUUCGGUAGCAGCAAUGUAUCAGACGUCUCCCGGCUAUCCUGGUUUUGCCUCGGCCAUUCAUCAGCAACAACAGGCUCAGCAAGCACCUCAAGCGAGAAUGCCGCAUCAUCAUCCAACGCAUCCGACACAUCAACCGCAUCCGUCCCAUCCUCAACAGUAUCCUCAGCAUCCCCCUCAGCAUCCGAACGCGCAACAACAACCGACAAUGGAUCCUCAAUAUCCUCAUCAUGCUGCUUCGAUGUUUAAUCAACCGCAGCACUCGGCGCCGCCUCCACAACAAUUCGGCACGACAGCAACAGCUAAGCACUCGACGAGUCCUCAGUAUCGUGCCGCCUUCCCGCAAUUGUCGCCACAGAUGUCGCCACGGCCGCAAAUGUCCCCGCGUCCGCCCGCGGUGCAGCAGCAGAUGUCUCCUCGACCCAUCAUGUCGCCUGCCAAACCUACACUGUCGCCACAUCCUCAUGUUCAGCUUCCUCAUCAGCAGGGCAAUCAAUCUAACGCGAUAUCGGUGUCUCCGUGUCCACCCACGUCUAUGCAAAUGAAUCCAUCGUCGCAGCAGCAACAGACUACUUUACAGGCUCUUGAACAGAUGGUUAUGCCGGGAGUCGCUGUUUCAAAUUCUAACGUUCCUGCUUCGGAUCAGUACAAUCAAUUCCAAACGCGUCCGCCGAUGUCGCAGACACCAAGUGUUUUGCCGCAACAAUCGACGGCGCAGAGUCCGAUGCCGGCUCAAGUCGCGGGGCCUAGAAUGCCGAUGCCCACUCAAUGGCAAUCGCAUCCGCAGCAGCAACAACAGCAGCAGACACAAAUCAGGCCGAAUAUCGGCGUAAGUGAGGAUAGAAGCGGCGUGGUCGAGCCUCAACAGAUGCCGAUAGUAUCCGAGCAGAGCGCGUCGAUGUUUCCCGUUAGUGGACCGGAGGCAGCUGUACAUAAUGCUGCGGAAACGGCGACAACGACGAGUACAACGACAACGAGAGAACCGGCGACGACAACGGAGAACAUCGUGCAAAAUCCGAUCGAAACCCCGAAGCAACCGGAACCUGAGUCCUCUUUGCAUCAGAGCAUUCAACAAGGUCAACAAAUAGAUGCAGCUGCACAACUUGGUCCACCACAAGUAGAUACCUCACAAAAUAACUCGCAGAGCCAAUUAACUUUAGAUCAUACAUCUACAGCAGGGAAUAUACCUACGUCGUCGAGUAUACCUUCGAUUGAAACGGUGCAGUCUCUUCCAGUAUCCAGUACAAGCGGAAAUAUGGAAUGCACAAAUGUGACUACAUCGUUACAACAACAGCAACAACAAACAGUUGCGCCAAUUCAAAAUCCUGUUUCUAGUAUCGAUAAUCAGGGUGCAUGCGAAACAAAACCUCAAGAACAAGGUGUAGAAGUACAUCAAUCUCCUUUGAGUAGUACGACACAUCCGCAACAAGUUAUAGGACAGCAGCAACCUAUUAAUUGUCCUCCGCAACAGCCGAUUCAACAACAACAAUCAGUGCAACAGCCGGGGGUACAGCAGCUUCAUUUGGCUCAGUCACAAAUAGUUUCAUCUCAGGCAACGAUACCCCCUUCUCAGCCACAGCUACAAUCGCCGCAACAAUCACAAAUGAUUCAGCCGCAACCUGCUCAGAUGAACCAGCAGCUGCAACAGCCACAGCAGCAAAUAUCUCAGUCUCAAUCGCAGCAACAACUGCAACAGAUUGCACCUGCUCAACAAUCGCAGAUUCCUCAACCUCAACAACCUGUAUUGAAUCAGACACAGCCGCAAAUCUCGGCGCCUCAACCUCAAUUGGGACAACCGCAACCACAAUUGGGACAAGCACAGCCUCAAUUGGGAGGACAAUCGCAAGCCCAAUUGGGACAACCGCAAGCUCAAUCACUGGCACAGACGCAGCCACCGCAGUUGACACAAUCGGCGGCUCAACAAGGUCCGACAUGCAUUACGCAACAGGCUCAAUCGACGACGACGACACCUCCGCAGGCGCAGGCAUCUCAUAUGCAACCUCAGCAGGUUGGUAUGCAGAUGCCACAGAGCGCACCACUCAUACCGUCUCAGCUGCAACCAUCACCGAUGCAGAAUCAGGCAUCCCAGAUGCAAAAUCAAAACGCUCAGCAAGUGCCCGCCGCGCAUUUGAACGCACAGCAGAUACCCGCGGUUAGUCAAACCGCUGGUAUGGUUUUGCCGCCGCAUCAAGCCGCGGUUCCCGUGCCAAAUUCGCAAACACCACAUCAGUAUCAUCCUGGAGGUGACAUGAUCACCGGCAGCACGAUACCGAACAUGUAUAGCAUGCCGUCUAAUCCUACACAAACCCCAGUCACGACGGGUGGCUUCGGCGCGGCCUGCGCUCCUCUCACGCAUCAUCAAGAACGAGCUGCUCUGCAACAACAGUUGCAAGAACUGUACUGCAUGCCUCCGGCUUCAGAAAAUCAGGAAAAGAUUGUUGCCCUGCAAGAGAAGUUACAGGCGUUGCAGCAACACGAGACUAAUGACCAGUGUAAUGGUGGUCCCCAAUGUAUCCUACAGACGCCGAUGUUUACAGCUGCUGUAGUCGAUAGUCCGCAGGUCUCCAGUACUACUGGACGUGGUCGUAGCAAAGGUACACAGCGAGCGAAGAAAAAUAGGAAAAAAGCUGACAAAGAGGCGUCCGCGCCUACUACUGCCAUUCAGCAACAACCCGAACAACCCUUAUCGGACAAUAAAGUCACGCCAGGCGAUAGUAGCAAUAUCAUAGACAGUGUUGCAGACUCGGAAGACAUAAAGCCGUCUUCUGGAGAUAUGGAGGAGGAAUGGAAUAAAGGCAGAAAGUCACGCUCGCCGCGGAAACCGCGCAAGCCGAAAGAACCUAAAGAGCCCAAAGAACCAAAGCCUAAAAAGGAGCCGAAACCCCCAAAGGAACCGAAAUCCCCGAAAGUGGCAAGGAAAAGGAAUAAGGAUAAAGACAAAGAUUCUACAAAACGUAAUAGGAAAAAAGUUAUACAAUCUGAAUCUGCCGACGAUGAUGCUACACGCGAAAACGAAGAAAGUGCUGUUUCGGAUUCCAGUGCUGUUAAAGAUGCUGAGACGAAGGUUUGUGAAUCGUCCAUACAGGGUGAUCAAGAACAGGUAGAUUCUUCCACCAAUGAGCCUCUAACCGAUGUAAAGGAAGAGGGUAAAGAUAAGACAACGGACGAUGCUCGGGAGGAAGAAAAGAAAGAGGAAAAUACGGAAGCGACUACUGCGACUACUGAGAAUGCUACUGGCAAUAAGAAGAAACCCGCGGCUAGAAAACGAUCGAGUACCAGUAAGGCCUCUGGAGGAAAAUCUUCUAGAAGUUCCAAAAAACGUAAGAGUCGCAUUGCGCCCGAUUCUGACGGUGAGGAAUUAGCAGCGACACCUCCGCCAUCACCAGAAGCAGGCGACGAUGUGAAUAAGCGACGUUCUGCGAGAAAUACUCAUCGUAAGAAAUAUGUGGAUGACGUGAUGUUACGUUUCUCCGAUGACGAUGUUCCUCUGCAAGACUCUCAAUUAUCGAAAAAGGUGGAAGGGGCGAACGCUUCAAAACCUGCUGCCGCUAAGAAGGAGGGUGCUGAGGGUGGCGAAGUCGGACCUAACAAACCUAAUUUUGUAUACAUUAACACUACUGAUGAGGAUUCUAUGGUUGUGCAACAUAUUUUAUGCUCUCGAAUGGGAAAGAGAGAGGUUAAGCCCGUGAUACCGAAGAUAGAAGCGUCUCCGGAAAAGAAUGGAAAUGCGGAUAAGGAAGAAUCUGCUGAUAAUAAAGAUAAGACGUCCGACAAUCCCGUGAAAGAGGAAGAUGUAGAAGAUACCGAGAAAGAAACGAAGACUGAGGAUACGACCGAGGAUAAGGAAAAGAGUGAAACCGAUAACGCGAAGAAGGAAGAUGCAAAAAAACAGGAGGAAUUGCCUGGAGAUUCUAAAUCAACCGAUACCGCCGUAAUUGAGGCAAAGCCACAGCUUAUCGAAGUAGAAGAAUAUUUUGUGAAAUAUCGAAAUUUUUCUUAUUUGCAUUGCGAAUGGAGAACAGAAGAGGAAAUGUAUAAGGGAGACAAACGUAUUCAAGCUAAACUAAAAAGAUUUAAGCAGAAGCAACAACAAAACACCAAUAUUUUCGAAAAUACCGAGGAUGAUCCCUUUAAUCCAGACUUUGUAGAAGUUGAUCGAGUCUUAGAUGAAGCAACUCACACAGAUCCACAUACUGGAGACACAGUCCGACACUAUUUGGUGAAAUGGCGAUCCUUGCAAUACGAAGACUCUACUUGGGAAUUGGAAGAAGAUGUUGAUCCUGAAAAAAUAGCACAGUUUGUGAAAUUUAAUAAAGUGCCACCUAAGGAGCAGUGGAAGCCAAAGAAAAAACCCAACGCUGCAGCUUGGGUAAAACUGGAGGAAUCGCCGAUUUACAAAAAUAAUAACAGUUUAAGACCGUAUCAAUUGGAAGGAUUAAAUUGGCUGCUAUUUUCGUGGUACAAUGGACACAACUGCAUUCUAGCCGAUGAGAUGGGAUUGGGAAAGACAAUUCAGUCUCUAACAUUCGUGGAUGCAGUUUACAAAUACGGAAUUCGCGGACCUUUUUUAAUCAUAGCUCCGUUGUCGACCAUUCCAAAUUGGCAGCGAGAAUUCGAAAGCUGGACUGAUAUGAAUGUCGUAGUAUAUCACGGAUCUGCAGCGAGUCGUACUAUGCUUCAAGAAUAUGAAGUCUAUUACAAGAAUGAAAAGGGACAGCAAAUCAAAGAUUUGGUCAAAUUUAACGUUUUGAUUACGACAUUUGAAAUCAUUAUAACCGAUUUUAACGAACUACGUGGAUACAAUUGGCGACUCUGCGUCAUAGAUGAAGCUCAUCGAUUAAAAAAUCGGAAUUGCAAACUUCUUGAAGGACUGAGACAAUUAAAUUUAGAGCAUAGGGUACUUCUGUCGGGCACGCCGCUGCAAAAUAACGUCAAUGAGUUAUUCUCCUUGUUGAACUUUUUGGAGCCGCAACAGUUUUCGAGCAAUGAGGCAUUUCUGAAAGAAUUUGGCAAUCUAAGCAGCGAGGGUGAAGUAAACAAGCUGCAACUUCUCUUGAAACCAAUGAUGCUACGUCGUCUAAAGGAGGAUGUUGAGAAAUCAUUAGCACCGAAAGAAGAGACCGUCGUCGAGGUGGAACUUACGAAUAUUCAAAAGAAAUAUUAUCGCGGUAUACUCGAGAGAAACUUCUCGUUUCUUGCGAAGGGCACCACGUCGGCAAAUAUUCCGAAUCUCAUGAACACUAUGAUGGAGUUGAGAAAGUGUUGCAUCCAUCCGUUUCUGCUGAAUGGUGCCGAAGAUCAGAUACAAUUGGAUUAUAAGACCGGCGAAAAGGAGGAUUCCGAAGCGUACUAUCACGCGCUAGUAAAUAGCUCCGGAAAGAUGGUAUUGAUCGAUAAAUUGUUACCUAAACUGAAAGCUAGUGGUCAUCGAGUCUUGAUAUUCAGUCAGAUGGUAAAGUGUCUAGAUUUACUCGAGGAUUAUCUGCUAUAUAAGAAGUAUCCUUAUGAAAGAAUCGACGGCCGGAUUCGCGGAAAUUUACGUCAGGCUGCAAUCGAUCGUUAUAGUAAACCCGAUUCAGAUAGAUUCGUCUUCUUGCUUUGCACAAAAGCUGGUGGACUCGGUAUUAACUUAACUGCGGCUGAUACUGUCAUUAUUUAUGAUAGUGAUUGGAAUCCGCAGAACGAUUUGCAAGCGCAGGCACGUUGCCAUCGCAUCGGGCAGCAAAAAAUGGUCAAGGUAUAUCGUCUGCUUUGCCGUAAUACAUACGAGCGGGAGAUGUUCGACAAGGCCUCUUUAAAAUUGGGUCUCGACAAAGCAAUCUUGCAAUCUAUGAAUACCAGCCAAGGCGGCAAAGAUCCCAGCAACAAACAGCUAACGAAGAAAGAAAUAGAGGAUCUAUUGAAGAAGGGCGCUUAUGGCGCUAUCAUGGAUGAUGAUAACGCCGGCGAUAAAUUUUGCGAAGAGGACAUUGAACAGAUUCUCGAACGGAGAACUCAGGUUAUCACAAUAGAAGCUGAGAAAGGCUCAACAUUCUCAAAAGCGAGUUUCGCGUGUUCUUCGAAUCGAUCGGAUAUUAAUAUAGAUGAUCCUGAUUUUUGGAAAAAAUGGGCGAAGAAAGCAGAGAUCGAUACAACAGAAAAGAAGGAGGAGGACGAGUUGGUGAUAUCCGAGCCUCGGCGAAGAACACAAAUCAAGCGUUACGGUCACGAUGAGUCGGUAGUCGAUAUGUCUGAGUUGGACAGUUCAGACGAGAACAGUGACGAUGACACGAGUAUCGGCUUGUCCGGCAGAAGCAAGAAACGGCGCGACAAGUUCGGCAAGAAGACACGUAAAUUCUACGACGAGUACGUGCCACGUGAAGGAGAGGUGGUGUAUGGUAGUUGGGCGCGUAGCGAGUGCUUCAAGGUCGAGCGCGGUCUAUUGACAUUCGGCUGGGGUCGCUGGGAGGAGAUCCUGCAACACAGCCAGUUUCGACGCGGUUGGCGCGAGAUUGACGUUGAAGACUGCGCGCGUGUCAUUCUGCUUUAUUGUCUACGCUACUAUCGUGGCGAUGAGAAGAUUCGUAGCUUUAUCUGGGACCUCAUUACUCCAGUAGAGAACGGAGAGAAGGUGAAGAACGUAUCGGUGAACACCAGCAGCAGGAACAGUCGCCAGAAAAAGAAAGGCCGCGUCCGAGAAGGGAGGGAGACCAGAGGCUCAAUCAUCAAUGGUGGACCGAGUGAUCCUAAUCAUUGGAGCAACGCAGAGAAGUUCGAUGGGGAUAUCUUUCUGGAGAGCAAUUAUAGGAAGCAUCUCAGUCGACAUGCUAACAAAGUAUUAUUACGCGUGCGAAUGCUGUAUUACAUCAAACACGAGAUUAUUGGCGAUUUAGUUCAACACAUCUCUGACGGCGUUCACGUCAGUGCGUUGCCGAUAGACCCUCCACAGUUGACGGAACGACCGGCGAAAUGGUGGGACACGACAGCAGAUAAAUCCUUAAUAGUUGGCUGCUACAAACACGGCUAUGAGAAUUACGACCAGAUGAGGACUGAUCCCGCGCUUUCUUUCAUUACAAGCUGUCCUCCCCCUUUCCAGAACUCUCAGAACAAGAGUACCGCCGACAGCAGCAGCAGAGACGAUAAUAGUUUGGAGAACGACGUGGACGAUAGCGAAUCUCCCGGAAUGACAAAGGACUCGAAAGAUUCCGACAAAUUUAGAGAAACACCAGCGGAUUCUCCCGCUAUUUCGAGUAAAGCGGAUACCCCGAUACCGGAAGCUAGCGGCAGUCAUGACGGAAACGAUAGUCUUCUUCCGGACGACGAAAAGACUUGGCCAUCCGUAGUAGAUCUUAAUACACGAUUACGUCGCGUUAUAUCUUCUUAUCAACGGACCGUUAAUAAGAAGGAGGAUGUUAAAAUUAUUCCAAAAAGUGGCAAAAUAGGAAUGGAAAGUGAGACUCCUACUAUAAAUCAUACCGGAAUGAUGCACGAACCGCCCUUGAAUAUGCAAGGAUGGGAUUUGCAACAAUUAGCGAUGUAUCUUUUGAAAAUGGAAAAAAGGGAGAAAAUGGAGGCUAUAGUAAAGGAACGAGAACGAACUCGUAUCGAGGAGCAAAAGGCCAAGUGGACUCGCCGCGAAGAAAGCGAGUUUCUGCGAGUGGUGUCUACAUAUGGCGUUAAUUAUGAUAGAAAGAAAGCUCAAUAUGAUUGGACUAAAUUCAAAAGUAUCGCCAGAUUUGACAAGAAGACGGACAAUGACCUCACGGAUUAUUACAUGUCGUUUAGAGCAAUGUGCAAGAAAGUCUGCAACGCGAAAUUAAACGAAGAAGAAGAUUUUACAGAUGUUCCGGUGGAUCAGUUGAGUCCUGCCAAAGCGAGACAGAUACUUGAUCGCGUCGAUCUCCUGAGUAAGAUUCGCGAGGAAAUUCUGUCGCAUCCGCAUCUCGAGGAACGAUUGUCGUUAUGCCAGCCAUCAGGAGACACACCGGAUUGGUGGCAACCUGGAAAACACGACAAGGAAUUGUUACUCGGAGCUGCAAAGCACGGUCUCGGACGUACCGAUAUCACUAUACUAAACGAUCCAGACUUUUCCUUUCACAAACUUCUCACGAGAGGGAUGUAUGCGGGCACGCAAACACCUAAAAUAAUGGACAAGUCCGAAAAAGCGAUAAAGAUCGAGAAUAGAGAAGAUAUCUUGAAAUUUGACAAGGAUGAGAUACUCGUGAAGCUGGAAAAGGGCGAAGGAACUCUAAAGAUUGAAAAAGUUGGAGCAAAGAAAGACAAAGAUCAAAGUAUUACCGAUAAGAAGUCCGAGAACGCGGACUCCGAAAAGAGUCAGGUGGAAUUGACCAUCGUCAAAGCAGAGACUAAAUCGGAGGAAAAAUCAGUUAGUAACUCGUUGAUGAUCACUACCGUCGCAAGAACAUCGGAUGUGGAGAAUGUUACUGUAAAAAGCGAAGACAAAAGUGAACUAGCAGUAGAACCAGUCAAAUGCGAUAAUAUCAAAGUCAAUCAGACUGGCGUUGCCAAAGAGACUGAUGAGAAAUUAGCGAAGGAAGCUAAUUCAGAGAAUGCCGAGAGUUCUACUGUCAUGGAAAAGGAAAAAGAGGAUAAGACUCAAGAAAAAGAUGUUAAACAAGAAGCCGAAUCCGCCGAGAAAUCGAACGAAUUGCAAGUGCAAGAUAUCGAGAAAACGGAAACAGCCGAGGGAAAUAUAGAAAUUAAAGAAAACUUGGAAAAUAUCGACAAGGUUGCUGAGAAUAUCGAGCCCGCUAUCGAGGACGAUAACAAAGCCGGUGCAAAGUCAGAUAACACGCCAAUUAAAGAAGAAUUAGAAACGCAAGAAGCGAAGAGUUCCGACAUUGCCAAAGAAAAGACGAAGAUUUCACAGAUUGAAGAUAAGUGUAGCGUCCAAGCUGCGGAAUUGAAAGCGAUGUUCCCGGAUCUGGAAGUAAUACAACCGUUGUCACGAUUAACACAGAUCGAUACGUUUGUUUUGCGAGACAAACCGGCAGAUUACAAUAACGAACCUACGGUGAUGCAGCUCUUGGCGCAUGGUUGCGCCAGUACAUCAAUAAAGUGGCCGAAGGAGCAUGCAAUCGAGGCUCGCUUAAUGCACAUCGUGCACGCGAUAGAACAUAAAGAAUGGCCAGUAUCGGUGAACUUUAGCGCCGGCGAAGAGUUGGACAUUCCACAAAAUGAAAAGGAAUGCUCGGAAGUUAUAACUAUCACCACAGAUCACGGAGUGUCCAGGUCAAUGGUGAGCGGAAAUAACAUGUCCGCUUCAAAGAAACGUAAGAGGCACAUCGCUAUCGACGUAGAGACCGAACGAGCCAAGCUUCACGCACUUCUGAACAGCAGUCAUCUGAGCACACCGUCACCGGCACCACUCAGCAAACCGGUGCUUUCGACCAACUGGGAGAUGAACGAUGAGUCUCAAUCCGAGGAAUCGCGACGUUCUACGCCAGUGCAGCCACCGCCGGCGCAUCAGCAAGCGCGAACGCCAAAUAUGCCUUUCGACUUAAAGUAUACCGUUCCAGGCAAAACGACCGUUAUACCCGGGACAUCGAGCACGUUGACACCCAUAGAUUUAUCUGCUGGAUAUCCAAAAUCAACUUCUGAUAAUAACAAGGACAUUAUGAACGAAGUGCAAGACUUUUCCAUGCCGAACAAGAAUAAACAAGUCAGUAGCAAUAAAGGAAAGUUGGACAGUAUGCUGGACAAACUUAUGAAACGGAAAUCUUGCCCGACGGAAGAGCCAAUAAUCGGAAAGGAGAAAAAACGCAGGAAACUGGACGAGAUAGUAUUAGGCCUGAGUGCCGCGAAAGAGCAACAGAGCAGUCAUUAUCCUGAGCACAGCAAGAAGAAUACAAUUACGCCUAACGUGACCGUGACACCGACAUCGGCGCCGAUGGGGCUUCCCAAUCCCCAGACCCAGAAACCAUUCUCUAUUACCGUUACGUCGAUUCCAUCUUCGCGUGCCUCGAGUUCUUCCACGCCUGUAUUACCACCGCCGUCGUUGCAUUCCCAUAAAGAUACCUUCUCCGCACUGUUGGUUCAAGCGGAACAACAGAAUCGCGAAUUAAAGAAACAACAACAGCAACAUCAACAGCAGCAGCAGCAGCAGCAACAACAACAGCAGCAGCAGCAACAGCAGCAGCAACAGCAGCAACAACAACAGGCAUUCAACUCGGCACAUCCGUCUUCCUCGAGCAGCAGUCAUCGAAAGAGUUACGAAGCAAUGAUUGCAGACAUUAACAAAGUCGCCGAAUACUCGUCCAAAGUUGGAUCGUAUUCGCACGAAGCGAAAGUGAACAAAUGGUUGGCCGAACAAAGCGCCAUGUCGGAACAAUGCGCGGAAUAUCUGAACGCUCCUCGGCGACGUAGGCCGCGCGUCGAUCCGUCUUUGUUGGAUUGGAAAAAGCUUACUGGCGAAGAGAACGUUGCCGUCAUUAAUCGAAUAACCGGCAAGAAGGUAACUGGAAGUAAAGCGCCUCAGUUGAAACGGCUUGGGCAAUGGCUUAUGGAGAAUCCGAUGUUUGACGUGGAUCCAAAAUGGGCGGAACUCGUGAAGGAACGCGGCAAUCUUCCGCACGAUUUGCAAAAGAGACUACCGGGUAACGAACGCGGUGGUGUGAACAAAGGCAAGAGUCCGGGCAGACCGCCCAUGAUGCCCAGUCCUACGAGCCAGCAGUCGGCGAAUUCCGCCAAUCUAGUGGCCACGUCGAUGGCGUCGGGUCUCAAUUUUCCACUCGGCAAUCUCAACAAUUCCUUACUAUCGGGUCUGUCGCUCGGUAACUUUGAUCCGAAGAACAAUCCGCUACUGAUGCCGUUCGGCGGUCUAACGAAUCUGGGCGCGCUCAGUGGUCUUGGUAAUCUCGGCAAUUUGGGCAGCAUGGGCCUAACGAAUUCGCUGUUCGCUAAUCUCGCUGGAUUGAGUCUACCAUCGUUGGCGGGCAUGGAGGCGGCACUAAACGCGCAGGUGGCUACUAGCAGCGCAGCGGCAGUAGAUGCCGUGAACAAUCCUGUCGUGAGUUCGGCUGGCGGUAGCAAGAGCGGCGGCGCGAGUUCAUCAUCUGGCUUGAACAGCAGUGGCGGAGGAGGUGGUAGCAGUAGCAGCAAGUCGCGCAGCAACAAACUCGAUCAACCAACGACGACCGGCAAGUCAUCGGCCGCCGCUGGUGGUCCAUCGUCUUUGUCCGCAGCUUCCUCUGCGACGAGCCUCCCGACCCCUUCGCCGUUCCCGUUUUUCCUAUCGAAUCCUAGCCUUCUCUAUACACCGCUAGGUCUAGGAGGCUUAAAUCCGUUUUCCAUGCAACCCGGAGGCGUGUCGUCGGCCUAUGAGAGUCUCGCCCAAUGCGGUCUGCUGAAUCCACCGACAUCCAGCGCUUCUUCCGUGGUACGGAAACCUGCAUCUUCGAGUGGUGGCUCUUCGAGACAGCGUGAAGCUGUACCGGAAUCAUCUACGUCAUCAUCAUCAUCGUCGUCAUCGACGGCAGCAAAACGAAAGGAGGCCGAGAAGAAGGCGUCUAGAUAUCCUCCAGUGGAUCCAGCCGUGACUCUUCAACAGUAUACGGAUAUGGCGGCGUUACACAGCGGCGAGGAUAGGCGUGGCCGCGCUGUCGAGCAACAACAACAGCAGCAUGAAAAGAGAGAAACGGCGACGACAGAACAAGUCGAUGUAAUGGCAGCGGAUUUAUCUGAGAAGAAGACUGAGCGGAGGAGUAAGGAACAAGAGAUGAAAGAGGCCCUGGAACACUUAAGCAGGACCAGUGCCGAACUGAUCACUCGAACGGUCGACGAUGCACCCAAGCUCGAAAAACCGCCGAGGAAUCGUAGCAAUAAUACAGACGGCAACAAUCAAAAUUCCGACCAUCAACGAUCGACGCUAUCGGCACCACCGCCGCUCGAGGUCACCCUAGAACCUGUUGCUAAGAAGAUGCGUACUGAAACAGACACGAACUCAAAAUCGUCUUCGUCGAAUAACGAUGUGCCGACGAUAGAAAUUGAACCGGCGACGAGACAAACGUUACCGACAACACCGACAAAAGCGGCACAGCCGCCGCCUUCGCAAGAUGAGAGCAACACUUCGCCUGCGGAAACAAAUACCGCGAUCAAGAAGGAAGCAAACGAGACGCCAACGACGCUGAUGACGUCGAUGACGCCGACGUCGGCCGCGACUACCAUGUCGCCAUUGACGGGACAGAAAAGCGACACCAGUAAUAAGCCUACUGCGUCGGAAGCGGAAGAGGAUAGUAAAGGAGGACCCAAGGCAAAGAAAGCACGUAGCGGCAAACGAUUGAGCGUGGAACCCCCACCGGAGCGAAAAAAUCUUCGUUCGAGCGCCGGCAGACAGGCACGAGCGGCUGCAGAACGACAGGCGCGAAUGGAAGGAGAGAUGCAACAGCAGCUCUCUGAGCAGCAACAGCAAGAUAGUCAUGUGGCCGGCGAAUGAGGAUCGUAAGGGAUCGUCGCGUAUUAACUAAAACAAUGAGUGGGGAUCACCUAGAAAGUCUCAUGGCGAUCUGACAAAAAGAAAUUGUGGAUAUGCAGUCACUGCCCCACGUUUUUUUUUUCUAUUUCUAUUCCACUGAUUCGACACUAUUCGCACAACGAAGAUCUAUAUAUGUAUAUAGAUAAUUCUCUUGUUCGACGAUGAUUGGCGCUCGUGAAAAUGUUGUUUUAAAACGGAUUAAGCACAAGUGCAUCGAAAGGAGGCUACAAACAUUGAUAGAAUCUGCCGUAGCUUUCAAUUCAAUUCUCCAAUGAUGUAUGUAUGUAUGUGCGUAUGUGUGAAUGUGAAUACAUGGAACUCCUGUGCCCUGAUGGAGAUGGAUUUUGCAAAGGUGAAGAUGAACUGCGUAUUAUUGACAGCAGUGUCACAGUGCAGAUUUGCGAAAAGUUGUGAGAGAGAAGGAUCUUUCAAAUAAGAAGGCUGCGAUAGUAUUUUAUGAUUCGAUACUUUGUGUAGUAAUUAAUUUUUAAUUGCGUAAUAAUAAACGAUAUGAUAAAGGUA